GCGAAUAACAAUCUGGAAUAAUAUAAGAGAACCUCUGUGUCUGAUAGUACAUGCUGUGAGUAUCCGUUCAGUCUACAGUUGGCACUGUUGAAAUUGCGUUGUGAGGGGUCGACCCCCCUUCUGCCAGUCACUACAUUGCCGGCAGUGCUGUUAGGUGGCGCACAGCACAGCCAAAUUGGCGCUUACGACAUUGCGAUAGUUGUUGGCCAUGCGUAUUCGUCUAUAUUGAUCUCAAGGCCGUGCUGCCAGUACUGGUAGGGAACGUCAGCAGCAUGGAUGUGGACAGGAAGACCAGUCUGCUGGAACAGAGCCCUGCCUGCACGCUGGACUAUGCAUCUGAGGGCAGUGAGUCUUCAGCAGGCGACUGUUCUGAGAUGGUCCUCGAGGUGAGGUCAGCGGAGAGAACCUUGUCAGCCGGCGACAGGGAGGGGCCAGCGAAGAGGUCAUGUCAUGCAGCACACCAGGGGCCUCUCGGUUCCCCCCGCUCUUCUCGGCAGCGGCGGUGGCCGGCCGGGGGGUCCUCUAAAGCCUGGUGGCUGGGCCCCACUGCGCUGGCAGGGGAGUGUUUCCAGGAGGACUUCACCCUCAUCGAAGGCGGAGAUGGCCUGCUGGGCCGAGGCACAUUCGGCUCCGUACGCAGGUGCAUACUGAAUGGCAAGGGCAAUGGUCAACAUUUUGCCGUCAAGAUCAUUAAGCUGAACAGGUAUGAGGACAGGCAGGCGGUGGGCAGGGAGAGGCGGGCGCUGGAGAAGAUGAAAGGCGCUGCCUGCGCCGUGCAGCUGCACCGGGUCUACGCAGAGCAGCACGCAGCCUUCCUUGUCUUCGAGCUGCUGGAGAAUGGGAGCACGCUGGAGGAGACUGUCAGAUGGCAGUCAGGGCGGAGGCUGGCGUGCACUGAGGCCAGGAAGCUCUGCCGCGCACUCCUGCAGGCGGUGGCAGAGGUGCAUGACAGUGGCAUCUGCCUGCUGGACAUUAAACCCGCCAAUGUUUGGAUUUCUGCUCAAGGGUCUCCGGAGCAGCCAUUCAGAGUCUGCCUGCUAGAUUUUGGCAUGGCCCACGAGUUUGUGCCAGGUAAGGCGGUCCGGCUGGCGGCCAAGUCAGCGCUGGCAGGAACGCCUGCCUACAUGGCGCCAGAGGUCAUCCAAGCCAACCUCAGCCACUGCUCCUGCGCGCGUUUCAGCGCAUUUAAUGGCAAGAAGGCAAGUCCAGCGGAUGCAUGGAGCGUGGGAGUGACCCUGUUCCAGGCCUGUUUUGGCCGCCUGCCCUUCCAGCCCCCUGCCAAGGCCCUGGACCUCAUCGGGGAGAUGUCUGCUUUGCAUGCCUCCUGGGCAGCGGCUGUCAAAGCAGGACAGAGCAUGUUCGGUGCUACGGAUGGGAUUUCAGAUACAGAGAGCCAAUUCUGGAGCCAAGUGCUCGCCUGCGAUCCUGCAGACCGCCCGACCGCCUCUGAGCUGCUGCAGCAUCCGCACCUCAGUGAAGGCGCCUGA